UUUUUUUUUGACAUACAACAUAAUGGCUGGACCUAUAAAACGAUCAGGAUUACAACAACAGAUCAUUCAACUAUAUAGAGACUGCUUUAGAGCAGCCCGAGAAAAACCAAAGGCCAACCGACCGCAUUUUUAUAAAUUUAUACGACAGGAAUUCAGGAAACAUGAUAUUCGAAAAUCAGACUUUGCCACGAUUGAAUAUAUGCUACGAAAAGGCCAACGACAGUUAGAUACCUAUAGAAAACCAAGUAUUCAAGAUGUCCACGUAUAGAUUAGUCCCUUAGUUUUGUAUUCCUUCUCUAUCAUAAAGUCUAUCAUUCAUGUUUAUUCGAUUUCAAUUAAAAAAAAAU